AUGAAUAACGAUCAAUUCCGCAAGCUUAUAGCUUCGAACUCGAAGACGAGCUCUGCGGGUAAAGAUGGUACUUCCACACCCUCAUCUCAAGCUGGUGGGAAUGCGCUGGGUUCGAGACAACGGUCGAGCAUCCCGAUGACGCCACGCGCUGUAGCGGGUGCUCAAGCAGAUUUUGCGCGACAACUUGCUGAACGAAAUAAUGCGACCCGGCCCCAAAGAAAGUUCAAGUCCUACAACCCCAAGGGCGUCAAACUCGCCUCAGGUUACGUCGAUCGAUCGAAGGAACGUGAGGAGGAAACAGAAGACGAUCGGGUAGAGAAACUCAAGGAGCUCGAUGAACAACUCAAGAACGAAGAGAUUGACCAAGAGACAUUUGAGAAGCGACGAUUCGAAAUCGCUGGCGGUGAUUUAAGCAGCACUCAUUUAGUCAAGGGCCUGGACUUUAAGCUUCUUCAAAGAAUCCGACAAGGAGAAGAUAUCUAUGGAGAGAAGAGGGACGACACCGAACAACAAGCCGAACCUGAACCAGAGCCUGAAGUCGAUGUUGAUGACGAGUUUGAGCAGCUGGAAGGACAAGAAGUCCAGGCAGCACCAAAAGAACGGACGGAGACGAAAAAGAAGGGCCAGUUAUCGACAGUAUCACUAGCACCCGGGAAGAAGCGAACGCGCGAUCAAAUUUUGGCUGAAUUGAAGGCAGCAAGAGAAGCAGCUAAAGCAGCGCAGGGGAAUGCGCUUGGAGAUCGAUUCAAGAAAGUCGGGAUCACACAGAAAGCAGGAUCACGAAUAGAGCGAGACAGCAAAGGACGAGAGGUUUUGAUCAUUGUGGACGAGGAUGGACACGAGAAGAGAAAGAUUCGCAAAAUCCAACCUGGUGCCGAGAAGGAAGACGAGGCCGAUCGCAACGGACUCCUUAUGCCAGAUAAGGAUGCAAAGCCGCUUGGAAUGGAAGUCCCAGAACAGUUUAGGAAAGAGGAGGAACCCGAGGAGGACGAAGACGUCGACAUAUUUGAUGGCGUGGGCGAUGACUAUGAUCCCCUGGCUGGCAUGGACGGCACAGAUUCCGAGUCCGAUGCGGAUGAAGAGUCAAAAGAGGAAGAGAAGCAAGCGAAAACCGAACAAGAGAUUGCUGAUGACGCUUCAAUGCCACCACCACCAAGACCGCAGGUAUCUCGGAACUACUUCCAGGGAUCCAAGACAGGACUUGUGUCAGAGGAGGAAAGCAAAGCACCGUCGAUGUCAGACCCAGCAAUCAUGGCAGCAUUCAAGCGUGCAGCAGCCCUCAACCCGAUCAAGAGAGACAAGGUCGCUGCUGAAGAUCAAGACGACGAAGAACGAGAAGAGGAAGCACAGAAGGUUAUGGAAGAGAAGAGAAAGAGACUGCUCCAAAUGGCAGACCGAGACGACGAAGAUCUUGAUAUGGGCUUCGGCACCAGUCGCUUUGCUGAUGAGGAAGACUUUGACGAGACCAAAGUCAAACUCUCGAACUGGGGAGACAAAGACGAUGACGGGGAAGGGCAAUCAAAAGGUGGACAAUCAAAACGGAAGAGGGCUCCAAAGAAGAGAAAGGGCGACGUCAAUAAUGCUGCUGAUGUGUUGCGGGUGAUGGAAGCGCGAAAGAAGUCAUGA